UUGCAGUUCUGGGAGGUGAUCUCAGACGAGCAUGGCAUCCAGCCAGAUGGUUCGUACAAAGGCGAAUCGCCACUGCAACUGGAUCGAAUUAGUGUUUACUAUAACGAAGCAGUAGGUGGUCGAUAUGUUCCGAGGACGGUCCUAGUUGAUCUCGAGCCGGGCACAAUGGAUUCGGUGCGCAACAGCCCGUACGGAAAUUUGUUUCGUCCGGACAAUUUUAUUUAUGGUCAGAGCGGUGCAGGCAACAACUGGGCCAAAGGGCAUUACACAGAGGGCGCUGAAUUAGUCGAGGUGGUUCUGGAGGGAUUCCAGUUAACGCAUUCACUUGGAGGAGGAACAGGCUCAGGCAUGGGUACACUGUUGGUUUCGAAGAUCCGCGAAGAGUACCCGGACCGUAUUAUGAGCUCGUUUUCAGUGGUGCCCUCGCCUAAGGUUUCGGAUGUUGUGCUGGAGCCAUACAAUGCCACGUUAUCGGUCCACCAGCUGGUGGAGAACACGGAUGAAACGUUCUGCAUCGAUAAUGAAGCAUUGUACGAAAUCUGUUUCCGCACACUGAAGCUAACAAGUCCAUCGUAUGGCGACUUGAAUCAUUUAGGUAUAACUUUAUUUUUGAAAUUUAAGCGCAAACAAAUGUGCUUUUGA